AUGCAAGAUAAGCGACCGAUUGCCUUCUUCAGUCAUGGCUUUACACCUCGAGAGCAGUUGAAACCAGCUUAUGAACGAGAACUUAUGGCUAUUGUUAUGGCAGUGAUGAAAUGGAAGCAUUACCUAGUAGGCAGGAAAUUUGAAGUUCACACUGAUCAACGGAGCCUCAAGUACUUAUUGGAACAGAAGGAGGUUAAUUUGGAGUAUCAGAGAUGGCUUACAAAGUUAUUGGGAUUUGACUUUGACAUAAUAUAUAAACCUGGUUGUGAAAACAAGGCAGCCGAUGGCUUAUCCCGGAUUCCGACUACAUCUGCUUUGAUCAGUACUACGUUUUUAUCAUUGACGGUUCCAGAGGUGCUGCAACUACAGGAUUUGUAUCGUGAAAUUGAGGUGGAUAAGCACAUUCAGUCACUCAGCGAGCAAACAAAGAUGAAUCCUGGUUCUUCUUCUUAUGAGGUUAUCAACGGUCUUCUAUGGUACAAACGUCGCUUGGUGAUUCCUAAGGACUCUGCUUUCAUUCCGAUCAUUAUCAAACAGUGUCAUGAUAGUCAGAUGGGAGGUCAUUCAGGAGUUUUGAAGACUGUGAAGCGAAUUCAGUUGGCCUUUCAGUGGCAAGGGAUGUACAAGACGGUGCAGAAUUAUGUUUCUGAAUGUGUGAUAUGCCAACAGUACAAAUACUCGACUCUCUCACCAGCUGGUCUGCUUCAGCCUUUACCUGUUCCUAACUCGGUUUGGGAGGAUAUAUGUAUGGAUUUUGUAGAGGGCUUACCAGUUUCAGGAGGGUAUAACGUGAUAUUUGUAGUAGUAGACCGCCUGAGUAAAUACAGCCAUUUCAUCGGCCUGAGACACCCUUUCUCGGCUGUCGAUGUAGCUCAGCGUUUCUUGUCCGAGGUUGUGAAGCUUCAUGGUUUUCCGAGGUCUAUCGUUUCUGACAGAGAUAAGAUUUUUCUGAGCAAGUUUUGGAAGGAGUUGUUUCGUCUUGAGGGUACGACGUUGAAUUACAGUACUGCUUUUCACCCCCAGACCGACGGCCAAACGGAGGUACUCAACCGUUGUCUUGAAACGUAUCUACGUUGUUUCGCCUCUGGUCAUCCGAAGACUUGGUUCAAAUUCUUGAUGUGGGCAGAGCUUUGGUACAAUACAUCUUACCACACUUCCUUGAAGACGUCUCCCUUUAGGGUUCUCUAUGGCCGUGAACCACCGAGCCUUCUGAAGUAUGAGAAUGGAUCGACUUCGAACUUUGAACUAGAGGAGUUGCUUAAAGAGCGUGAUGUUAUGUUGUAUGAGAUCAAGCUACAGUUGCAGAGAGCGCAGCAAUUGAUGAGGGAUUCUGCAAAUAAGCAUCGCCGUGAUGUGAAUUUUGCUGUUGGUGAUAAGGUUUUUCUUAAACUUAAGCCGUAUCGUCAACAAUCUGUGGUGAAACGUUUGUGCCCGAAGCUAGCAGCGCGUUUUUUUGGUCCGUAUGAAGUAUUGGAGAAAGUAGGGAAGGUGGCGUAUAGGUUGAAUUUACCAGAGGGAUCUAAAAUCCAUCCCGUCUUUCAUGUCUCGCAGUUGAGACAGGCACUUGGUUCUGAACAGCGGCUUCAACCUUUACCUGUCGCUGUCACAGAUUUACGAACUGUGGACUUAGUGCCGGAGGAGGUGUUGGCGAAGCGUUUCUCCCCAACAGGCUGUGUGGAGCUGUUGAUUAAGUGGAAGAAUCAACCUGACCAUGAGAGCACUUGGGUCGCUUCAGCGGAGUUGUUCAAGCAAUUUCCUAAUGACAAGCUUGAGGACAAGCUCGUUUUCAAAGGGGAGGGUAUUGAUAGGAUACACAACACCUACUAUAGGAAGAGAAGAAGACCUCUCGAAGCACUAAGUGAAGAAGAUGCAGAAACAGGGAAGCUUCUAAUUGAAGUGGAGGGUUUCAUUAAUUCUAAGAAGAAGGCAAACCUCUAA